AUGGACGUGCUCGAGCACUUGACCGGAAUUCGCAGUCUGUUGGCAUUGUGGAUCGUCUGCGGGCAUUACAUGCCGGCGGCGUCUACUCUAGGCGUGCUUCAAGCUGCGACUUGCCGUUCUUUCAUGGCGGUAGAUGUUUUUGUAGUGAUGAGCGGCUUUGUCACACAGUGGUCCUAUGGCAAGCGGUUGCGAAGCGGUCAGCUGAGUAUUGGACGUUUCUACAUCCGCCGCCUGUCCUACAUUAUCGUAACAACCUACGUGGCCAUGGUUGCAAGCAUCCUCGUCGUCCUGGCCGUGCCAGCAUACAGAAACAGCUUCAUGCCGAGCGCUUGGACUACAUUAAGUUGCUUUGCGUUUGUGGCUCAUUGGAUCCGCCCUUCUACGUGGUGCCCGGCACCUCCAUCAUGGACCAUUGAAGCCUUGAUCCCGAGCUGGCUCCUGUAUCCCUUCUUGCGGGAGCUUGUUGAACGGGUUGAUGCUAAGCAUGGGCGUUGUGCACUUCUGAUCACCGCAGUGUUGGUGCAUCUGGUGUCCUUUGGGCCACUUUAUACCUUGUACAUCCAUCAGGGACAGCAGCUUACAUGGGGUCAGUACGCCACUGGUUUCAUGUGGCCGCCAGCGCAGCUGGGUGAUUUCGCAAUUGGCGUCAUCACGGCGUACUGCUGUCAGAAAGAGGAUGAUCGGAAGCGCGACGAGGGAGAGGGAUGGAGUGCGGUUGCCAAGGCGGUCCUGGCCGAUCUCUCCUUGUUGCUUUGCGUGGGAUUGGUCCUUCUUUUGCCUGUUCCUUUGAGCCACGCAGAGUGUGAGACCAACUCCAACGCUCUCCUCACACACGCCCUGGCCUUGCCGAUCGCUUUGUUCAUGUACGGCUCUAGGAAAGGCGGUCUUGGCGCUUACUUUCUGAGCCACACAGCACUCGUCUCUCUGGGAAAGUACAGUUUCGAAGUGUAUCUCUUUCAGUGGCCUUUGCUCGCAGUUUUUCGUCAGCUUUGUCAGCAGUGGCCCUUGGCACCGGAUACUUUUAUGGCUUUCUUGCUGCUUCUGUGGCUCGUUGCCGGGCUGUAUGUUGAAGCUAUUGCGCCAGUCAUAACGGACAUAGUGCGCAGCUUCUCAGCUUGA